UCCAAGAAACACGCCCAAACUCUCAACAUCAGUCGUCCGUCAGAAGUCUGCUGCUACUGGUCGAGGUCUGUGGUGGGGGGCGAUCCUAUUGUAUUUGGAACUCAAAAGCUUGAACGCGCAUAUUCCAACAGCACAGUAUUUGUUCAAGGUCCCCUAAAACCAGAGAACAGGAGUGGACGUACUUGAAUGCAGAUCUAACAUUUCCGCGGGACAGCUCUGAGAUUCACCAACAACAUUAAUAUCCCAAUAAUUUAGCAGAUUUACACCUGUCUUCUUAUCGCCAAGACUGGUGACAGUCUGGAACCAUCGAGAUGAUUGUUUAGAAUACUUUGAGAGCAUAUGAAAACAGCCGACCAGAACAUUUUCUAGACGACUCGCUCCGGGACACUCUUCCGGCAGUGUGUGAGACGGAGAAGCACCUGCUCUAGCCUGCGGGAAGUUGAUUAUGUGUAGGCGCUUUCUGACCUCUACUGCGUCAGUUUUUGUGCAUUUCGCUGCUGAGAGGAUAGCCGGGUCCCGAGGAGGAUGCCGAACAGGCUGAAGACGCAGUCCUGAAGAUUGAUGGAGGGUCAUGCUAUUCAAACAGCAGGCGUUGCUGAGACAGAAGCUCUUCUUGUUGGGCAGCCUUGCUAUUGGGAGUCUCCUCUAUCUAGUGGCCAGGGUUGGGAGCUUGGAUAGGCUGCAGCCUAUUUGCCCCAUAGAGAGCAGACUGGGCCCUCCUCAUCUGCCGGAGCAGUUCCCUCUCCGGACCCUGCAGUAUAAGCGUGGUCUGCUCCACGAGAUCCGCAAGGGCAAUGCCACCAAAGAGCAGAUCCGCCUGCACAACCUGGUGCAGCAACUGCCCCGGGCCAUCAUCAUCGGAGUGCGCAAGGGGGGCACGCGCGCCCUGCUGGAGAUGCUCAACCUGCACCCAGCUGUGGUCAAGGCCUCGCAGGAGAUCCACUUCUUUGACAACGAACAGAACUACGCCCGGGGCAUCGACUGGUACCGGGAGAAGAUGCCCUUCUCCUUCCUCCACCAGAUCACCAUUGAGAAGAGCCCCGCCUACUUCAUCACAGAGGAGGUCCCCGAACGCAUCUUCAAGAUGAACUCCUCCAUCAAGCUGUUGAUUAUUGUGCGCGAGCCCACCACCAGAGCUGUGUCCGACUACACACAGGUGCUGGAGGGCAAGGAGCGUAAGAAUAAGACCUACCACAAGUUUGAGAAGCUGGCCAUCGACGGCAACACGUGUGAUGUGAACACAAAGUAUAAGGCGGUACGGACCAGCAUUUACACCAAGCACUUGGAGCGCUGGCUGAAGUUCUUCCCCGUGGAACAUUUUCACAUUGUGGACGGCGACCGUCUGAUCACAGACCCGCUGCCUGAGCUGCAGCUCGUCGAGCGCUUCCUCAACCUCCCCUCCAGGAUCAGCCGGUAUAACCUGUAUUUCAAUGCCACCAGGGGAUUCUACUGCCUGCGAUUUAACAAUGUCUUCAACAAGUGCCUGGCAGGCAGCAAGGGGCGCAUCCACCCUGAGGUGGACCCCUCAGUGGUGGCCAAACUGAGGAAGUUCUUCCACCCCUUCAAUCAGAAGUUUUAUCAGAUUACUGGGAGGACGUUCAACUGGCCCUGAGAAACUAAGGGAAGGUCUAGGCCUAGCCUAUUUGAACUUCUUAACUGAAGUUGUCCUGUUGGCAUUUUCAAGAUGUCAACCACAACAAUAUUAAAGGAUAUUAAAAGCACUUUGAUUGAAUUUAAUACGUUGAGGAGAGUGGGGUAAGUCGAGCCGAAGGGUUAGUUGAGCUACUCCUUGUUUCUAGGAAACCAUAUACAAAAUGUACCAUGUGACCAAAUAUUAAGGAAGAGGUCGUCAUUUCAUGGAGUCUAUGAAGAAAAAAACACAUGGACAAAGUGGUAAGCAAGUUAGGGCAAAUGAAUGUAUUGUGUUAUAGGUUUCAUGUGGCUUGUA